AUGUCUGAUCGCAAUCUUUCAGCCUUUCCAGCAGGUCCUCCUUCACCCUCGUCUCCCGCUGCCGUACUUCUCAAAGAGAACCGACAGCUUUUCAUCUCCUCGGAUCACAUCCCUCAGACUCCGACAUCGCCUCCGUUGAUGUCGGUCAGCGACCAAAAUCAUGUCUCAAACUUCACAUCCUCCCAUACUUCACCGAACCAGGCGACAACCCACCAACCCAACACAUCUUCACCUCCCUCGUCUACGCCGAUGUCAACACAGGUCUCUCAGCAGCCAACUUUGAGUACAACGAACUCAUUCCCUACUCCCGCCAGUAGCGUGAACGCUGCGUCGAUGGAGGACGCCGAUCACAAAUCUUUCAGCCCAGGAACGCAGGAGCCAACAAGGAACACCGAGGGGCUAUACAAGCAACAAUUUGCAGAUCACAGACGAUAUGGUCAUGACCAGCAACCUUUGGCGACCGAGGGAGAGGCUGAAAUACGCGAUUUUGCCACCGGGCAGGGCCAGCAGAUGACGGACGGAGACGCCAUGGAUUUGGAUAAAGAACCAAUUUCUGGCCUAAGGAACCAGAAUCUCGGUCUAGAUUCUCUUCAGAAGGAUUUUACUUCGGCUUUCCAUGUUUGCAAAAGCUCGCCCAUUGCGACUGGACCGGAUCCGUCGCUGGAUCUGAUUUCCCUUUAUGGGCUAGGCCCGGUCGCGCAGUCGGUAGCACGAAUUGACCCCGUCACGGGAGAGAAGAUCAAUCGGUUGAGAAAGUCAUACGAAGGAAAGCUGAAGGGCUUGGGUCUCGCGGGACGGAACAAGCCCAUGAAACAGGAGCCGGGAGCACCUGGCAGUUUGCGGCAUCUGACUAUGUGGCCCGAAGAGGAGUGGCAAAACCAGAAGGUCUUUGGGAAGCAAAUCAAGGUUGCAGAUAUUGAUUCUGCCUUGCAGAGCAUGCAGAGCCGCGCCAUGCACUUGGAACCGGGUGUGGUUCCAAACAACGACUUCUGGGAAGACGUACUUGGUCAUGAGAAACCGGCCAAGAACCAAGGCCCUGGGGAUAAUGGCAAGAAACCAGCUCCUAUUCCAGGAGGUCGAUAUCCAAUGCAGGCGAACUCAACCCCAAGGGCGACACAAGAAGAUCGCACUCGGCCCAGUCGGGGCCGUAAGCGCCAUUAUGAUGACAACAGCUUUGUUGGUUACGGCGAGGGCUUUGCUGAUGAUGAUGACGACCCCGGAUUCUACUCGAACGGCGAGGGAACUGGGAAAAAGAAACGAAAGAAGGACCAUGUCUCAAAAGUCUCCACCCCCAUGUCAGAACGAGGUGGCAGUUAUGGUGUGGGCAUGUUCGGGAUUGGCGCCCGAUGA